CCCAUCAUCAAGUAGUUACUAGAUAACUUGUAUUACUUGAAAGCAGCGGUUUUAGGCAACACAAUUACAUUGAAAAACAACAGGAAAACAAACGAAGCUUAAAAAAUAUUUUCUGCGGCUGCGUGAAAUAUUCCGAUUAAAAACACAGCAGGUUGAUUUUUUCUUAAGCAAUGUGGGUAUGCAGUUCAGUCUGAUUGUGUUACCAUUGGCAACACAGCAACCACAGAGCCUUCCUGCUACAAUAUUGCAAGCUUUCUGAAAACUCUUCAUACAACAGCUUCCACGGGCAGCUGUCAGGUCACUGAGGGGAAAAAAGGACAGCGUUCAUUUGCAAAGGACAUCAGAGAAGCAUUGUGAAAGCUGUGCCCUCAUUGGAUGCCAAGCGCCUGUGACUCAAGCCCUGCCUUCUCUGUGGAAGAAAGAAGUGUGUGAGGGUUUGUGAGAGAGAGAAAGAGGCAGCUAAGGAAGGAUGCCUUCUUCAGGGAAGUAGUCCAAAUACUUCAUCCUGUCUGUUGCAGCCUCUGGUUUGUUGAGAGAAUUCUGCAGAGGACAAAUUGCAAAUUUGUAGGGAGGACCAUGGCUACAGCUAAAAACUUUGGAAGAUCCCCCAGAGAUAUUGCCAAUGUGAUGCAAAAAUUGCAAGAUGAACAGGAGGCAGUGCAGAAAAGAACUUUCACUAAAUGGAUCAAUUCCCAUUUGGCAAAGCGCCAGCCUCCUUUGGUGGUGAAUGAACUAUUUGAAGACAUUAAAGAUGGAGUGAUGCUGCUUGCCCUGCUUGAGGUUCUGUCAGGACAAAAACUACCUUGCGAGCAGGGCCGGCAGAUGAGACGGAUACAUUGGGUGUCCAACAUUGGCACAGCUCUGAAGUUUCUGGAGGGCAGACGGAUCAAAUUAGUCAACAUAAACUCAACAGACAUUGUUGACGGAAGACCAUCAAUAGUACUUGGUUUGAUAUGGACCAUCAUAUUGUAUUUCCAGAUUGAAGAACUGACCAGCAAUCUACCCCUGCUGCAGUCCUUGUCUAGCAGCACCUCAUCUGUGGACAGCAUGGCCAGUUCUGAGACUGCAAGCCCACCUGUGAAAAGAAAAGUCAUUACUAAGUUCCAAGGGACUGCCAAGAAGGCUCUGUUGAAAUGGGUGCAAUACACAGCCGCAAAACGACUGGGGAUCGAAGUGAAAGACUUUGGGAAGAGCUGGCGGAGUGGUGUUGUCUUUCAUUCUGUGAUCUACGCAAUCCGCCCAGACCUGGUGGACAUGGAUAAAGUGAGGAUGAAAACCAACAGAGAGAACCUUGAAGAUGCCUUUACUAUUGCUGAAAAGGAUCUGGGAAUCCCACGCCUGCUUGAUCCUGAAGACGUGGACGUUGACAAGCCAGAUGAGAAGUCUAUCAUGACAUAUAUAGCUCAGUUCUUAAAGCACUAUCCAGACCCCCAUAAAACCGAGACGGACGGGCAAGGUGAAGAGAAGGAGGACCGGCGGACGCUGAGAGAGGUCAAGGCCUGGCUGGAACAGUACGAAGGAGAGCUCAGCAGAGCACAGGUGUCUGAAGGAAGUCUGCAGGAGAAAUACCAGUUAUUCAAGAGAUUUAGAGUUCAGUAUGAGAUGAAAAAGAAGCAUAUUGAGGUAUUGAUCCAGCCUGUACAGAGAGAGGGGAAGCUGUCAGUGGAUCAGGCCUUGGUGAAACAGGCAUGGGAGAAAGCCACUGCCAGGCUGUUAGAGUGGCAUAUUCAGCUUGAUAAGUCUUUGCCUGGACCCCUGGGUGCAAUUGGAGCCUGGCUGCACAGGGCAGAGGUGGCCCUGCAGGAGGACAUUGCAGUUCAGCAGGCCCACGAGGAGACAGCUAACAUUAUCCACAGGAAACUCCAGCAACACAAGGAGGUGUUGAAAGGCCUGGAGGGGCAGAAGCAGCCAUUCCUGCAGAUCCACAGGUCUGGUUCAGUUAAUGGAGUCCCGAUCCCCCCAGAGCAGCUAGAAGACAUGGCACAGAGAUUUCACUUUGUAGCUUCAACGGCGCAAAUCCAUUUGAUUAAACUAGAAUUCUGGGAACUGAAGUAUCGCCUGCUGGCUUUUCUGAUGCUUGCAGAAUCAAAACUGAAAUCCUGGAUCAUCAAGUAUGGAAGAAGAGAGUCAGUGGAGCUACUGCUGCAAAACUACAUUUUGUUUAUUGAAGGAAACCAAUUCUUUGAACAGUAUGAAGUUACAUACCAAACUCUGAAACAGACAGCUGAAGUAUAUAUAAAAUCUGAUGGCUCAGCUGAAGAGGCGGAAGGCUUGAGCAAGUUCUUGAAUGACACAGCGGCACAGUGGAGGAACUUGUCUGUAGAGGUUCGGAGUGUGCGCAGCAUGCUGGAAGAGGUGAUCUCUAACUGGGACAAGUACAGCAGCACAGUAGCCGGCUUACAGGCCUGGCUGGAGGAUGCAGAGAAAAAGCUGAACCAGCCUGAGAAUGCCAAGCGGGGCUUUUUCAGAAAUUUACCCCACUGGAUCAUGCAGCACACAGCUAUGAACGACGCAGGGAAUUUUCUAAUUGAAACCUGUGAUGAAACUGUUUCCCGGGAUCUUAAGCAGCAACUGCUGUUACUUAAUGGAAGAUGGAGGGAGCUAUUUGUGAAAGUGAAACAAUAUGCAAGAGCUGACGAAGUGGACAAAAUAAGGAACGACUAUCAGGAUGGAAUUUCUGUUUUGAAAUCCUUUGUGGAUACAGCAAACAAAAAAAUGACAGAAACCCUGGAUGUGUCCUUUUUAAAUGUCAGGACCUUUGUGCAGGAUGUAGAGGAUAUCAAGCAGAAGGUUCCAGCAAUGGAAGCUCAGUACAAGACUGUCACCAGGAAUGCUCAGCUCCUUAACAAGGACACCCCUCAAGAGGAGGCCAGCGAGAUGCUUGCUACUAUGACAGGAAUUAAGGAGCAGCUGAGCAAGAUAAGAGAGAGAUACCUGCCAUUGCUGCGUGAUUCUCAGUCACUGCUCUCCCCACUGGAGGAAACAGAGAAACAGAUCACCAUUUUCUAUGAGUCUCUGGAGAAGGCCAGCCGCAUCACAGCAGGUAGAGACACCGAGGCUCAAGUACCUGGGGACUUCAAGCAGCAGUGUCAGGAAUUACUUGUUUGCCAAGAAAACUGCAAGAAAUCCUUAGCUGUGAUUGGGAAGAACAGCCAGUCUAUUCAGCGCGUGCUCUCCAGCAGCAAGACUCUGCAGCAUUUUGAUCGCUCUAUGCUUCAGAAGAGGACUGCUGACUUACAGGCCACCUUACAGAGCAUGAUAAAGGAGGCUGGUGAAUGGAGGAAGCAUAUCGAAGCUAACAGCAGUCUGAUGAAGAGGUUUGAGGAGUCCAGGAUAGAACUCGAGAAGGUUUUGAACAUAGCUCAGACAUCCUUGAAAGAAAAAGGAAAUGCAGAAGAACUGCUAAAGAAACAUACUGAGUUCUUCAGCCGGUUAGAUCAGAGGGUCCUGAAUACAUUUUUGAAGGCCUGUGAUGAGCUGACUGAUAUUCUGCCUGAACAGGAACAGCAGAGCCUGCAGGAAACAGUCAGGAAACUACACAAACAAUGGAAGGACCUCCAGACUGAAACCCCUUACCACUUGCUGCAUCUGAAGAUUGAAGUUGAGGAGACCAGACUGCAGGGCACCCUGGAGGAGUGCAGAGCGGAACUAGCUCGAGAGAACAAGGCUCUCCCUGCUGUUGGCAGUGAGCAGGUCAUCAAAGAGCACAGGGCUUUCUUUGGGGGCAGGAGGCCGCAGCAGCUUUGUGAGAAGAGGCUCCAGCUGACCGAUGAACUCUGUCAGAAACUCCCGGAGAAGGACCCGGCCUACAAGACUCUGGAGAGGUGCAGGAAAGCUUUGACAGAUGUGAAGUCCCAGAUUGACAGCACCCACCAGAAACUGCGACAGCAUCCAGACAAGUGGAAAGAGUUUAACACAAGAUUCUCUGAGCUUGCAGCUUGGCUUUCAGCAAAGGAAAGUCAACUAAGGCUGUUGAAAAAUAGAGCCAAUGAUCCCAGCAAGUACGGACAAGUCAAAUCUACAAUAGAGGAAGUGCGACAAGAUGCAGAGAAAAAGGAGGGCAGCCUCAGCUGGCUCAAGUCUAGACUGUCCACGCUAAUAGAGGUUUCUUCUGAGAAUGAAGCAAAGAGGCAGGAAGGAGCAUUGACAAAGCUCUCCAGUGACUUCAAGGGACUUCUAGCUUCACUUGCUGGGACUGAGAAGGUGGUGUUGACUGUAGGCGACUAUGUCCAGUUCAAAGAGGAAGUGAAGAGGACCCUGGAGGAGCUUGUUCAAGGACAGAAGGAAGCACAGGCCAAGGCUGACAAGAUCCUGGACUCGGAGAGCGUGCAAGAGGCUCAGCAACUGCUUCUGAUUCACCAGCAACAGAUGAAGAGACUGAGAGCGAGAAAUAGUGAUGUGCAGCAGCAGAUAGCACAUGGCCAGCAGUUGCAGGCUGAGGAAGGGCUGGCCAGUUCACUUCAACCCGAUUUUAAAAAUCUGGAGAGCGCUUUGACUAAAAUGGAGCAAAGCAUGGAGACGCAGGUGAAGAGCCUUCAGAUGACCCUGUCCGAGUGGCAGCAGUUUGACACUGAAAAGGAAGCAGUGGUGGAAUUUCUGAACAGGGCUGGUUCUAAUGUGGAGCGGGACUUGACCUUUAGCAGUCUGGAAAGUCUUUCUGCUGAGCUAGAGCAAACCAAGGAACACAUACAGGUAAAUGAGAUACAGGCAGCUCAAGUAGAUAUCCUUGUGAAGAAAUCCACAGAAAUACAACUGGGACCCAAGAACAAGGCUUUACUCCAGCAGCAAGCAACAAGCAUCAAAGAGCAAGUGAAUAAAGCUGGAAACAGUCUGAAGAAAGAUAUUAAGCAAAUGGAAAUGGUGAAAAUCAAAUGGAACCAGUUUGGCAAUGACUUUGAGGCUCUUUCUUGUUGGAUUUCUGAAGAAGAGAAGGAGCUUGAUGAUGUGAAUUCUUCCUCAUUGCCACUUGAACUUCAGAUCAGCAAAGUUAAGGCUAUCAGUAAAGAACUAGAAGAGAAGAUGAAGGCAAUCCAGUUGCUGGAGGAGGAGUCCCAGGCCUUAGGCCAGUUUGUUUCCUCUGGAGAAGCAGCUCGUAUCAAAUCCAGGCUGACGCAGAUGAGCAGACACUGGGACGAGCUGAAAGAACACACCCAGCAUCUGGAGCGGGUCCUGCAGGAGAAGGCCUCUCACCAGCACAAGUUCCAGGACAGUCUCAAACAGGUUCAGCAGUCUUUGGCAAGUCUUGAAGAUAAGCUGGCUUGCCCUAUCAGCUCUUGUUCAUCAGUAACAGAGACAUACAAAGUGCUUCAAGAACACAUGGAUCUGACUCAGGCUGUGGAGCAGCUGAAGAGCAGCCUGGCGUCCCUCUCAGCCGGGGCUCGUAAAGUCAGCGACAGAGAACCAGCGGAGCAGAAGGUGGUGUUCUUACAGCAGCACUAUGAGAAGGGGCUUCAGAAAGCCAAGCACAAACAAACUGAACUGGAGAACCUGCUGGCCCUGUGGCAAAAAUAUGAAAAAGAACAGUCUACCUUUGUGUCCUGGCUGGAGAGAAGUGAGACAGCAGCCAACUCACAGGCCCAGUACAUUUCGGCUGACCGAGCCAAACUGCAAAGUGAAGUGCAGAACUUGCAGGAUUUGCAGACAGAGGUUUCUUCCCAUGAAUCAAUUUACACAAGCCUGGUGACAUUAGCAACAUCUCUUUUCCCAACUGCUUCCGAGAGCAGGGUGAAGGGAUUCACUCAGGACCUGGACCAGCUAGACAAGAGAUGGUGCUCUCUGAGUCAAGUUAUACCACAGAGGAUGCUGCUACUUCAAUCACAACUUAACCAGCUCCAGCAGUUUGAUGAGAGUCUGCUCCAGUGCUCUUACUGGAUCGAGCAGUUCCUUAGUGGUCUCCAGUCAACCUCUGAGGUGAACACAGCAGAUCUACAGCCUGCGUUCCAUGAAAUAAAGGAAAAGUCAGCUGCGAUCCAAAAACAAGCUGCUGAGAAGCAGAGCCUGCAGGACCAGGUGGACAGCCUGUGCUCUGCCUGCAACACUGAUGGCUACCAUCCCCUCCAGGUCAGGAAGGAGGACUGCUUGCAGCUCUUCAGGGAGGCAGAACAGGUCGUGGAGAGAAGAAAAGAGGUCCUGAAGGACCUGGAGGCUUUCUUGCAGACCCGCAAAGCUGCGAUGAACGUGCUUCAUCGGCUGAAGCAGACCGUGGAGUCCGCCAGCAACUGGGACAAAGGGAAGGCAGAGUCCCUGCAGCAGGAUCUGAAGGAUAUCGUCCUUGACAUCCACAAGCUAGAAACGCUGUCUGUCAAUCUAGAUGGAGCCCUCAGCAAAGCUCAGUACCACAUUAGAGAGGACAGCGCUGAACACAGGACCUCCUGCAGGGCUUUGGCUGAUCUCCUGGGUGCAGAACUGGAGAUGGUUCAAAAUCUGCUUGGCACCAAACAAAGUGAGGCUGAGGCUGUCAGAGCCCUGUGGAACUCCUUCAAGGAACGCAAGGAGCAGCUGCUAAAGAGUAUUGAAGACAUUGAGGAAAAUGCUGACAAAGAAGGGCUGAAAGAACCCACCCUCCUAGCUCUACAGCAAAGGCUAAGAGUAUUCAACCAGUUGGAGGAUGAGUUGAAUUCCCAUCAGCACGAGAUGCAGUGGUUAAUGGAUAAAGCCAAGCAGUUGGCCCAGAAGGAUACUGAAUUAGCAGCUGAGGCCGACAAGGAGAUAGGUCUGCUGGAGGUCACCUGGGAGGACACCAAGACACUCAUCAGUGAAAACCAAGAGCAAUGCUGUUUGCUGAUGGAUCGCAUGAGGGAAUACCAGAGCAAGAAAUCUACCAUUAUCAAAAUCAUAGAAAGUGCAGAAAAUGUUGCUGAAGUCAAAUCUGCACUAAAGGACCAAGAAGACAUCAGGCGAACAUUAUCAAGGCAUGAAGUGGUGAAGAAUAAAAUGAGUGGAGGACAAGAGGAAUUGGAUGACUUCACUAACAAAGGAAAACAGCUUCUGAACGACCUGAAGAAGAUUCAAGGCUGUGAUCCCAUGAUCGUGAGAGAGGACAUGGAUGCUAUUAUGGAUCAGUGGCUCGAUGUGUCUGAAAGAAUCGAUGACAACAUUGAACAUCUCAGUGUCAGCUUGGCAUUGUGGGAAGAUGUCCUGAAUAUUAGCGAUGAAAUAGAUGUGUGGUCUAAGAGUUCAAUCUCAGAGCUCAGUGAAAAUUUAAGCAACCUCGAUAACAGUGAAAGAAUGGAGUCACGACUUGUAGAGUUUCAGUCUGAGGUGGAGAGUAAAGAACACAGUCUGAAGACACUGAAUGUGAAGGUAUCAGAGCUGAAGCAAAUAACAAAGAGCCAGGAACCUCCUACAGAGCUGCAGGUAAUUGAAGCCAGUCUAAGAAAGAAAAUUGGCCAUGCCCAGGAGAUGUCUGAAAUAGCCAGAAGGACACUGAGAGAUUUCAGCUCUCAGAAGCAGCAGUUGGAGAGCUUUAUUUCUCAGAUGACUGCCUGGCUGAGUAAUGCGGAGCUGUCUCUCUCCUCCUCUCCACAUAGCACGGACCUUGAGGAUCUCAGGAAAGUAAAGGAUAUCCAGCAGGAACUUCAAAAGCAGCAGAGCAGCAUCGACUUAGCCCGGGAGAACCUCAGCAGUCUGUGCAGGAAGUACCCUUCCAGUGAGCUGGAGAAGUUGGGCUGCACGGUCACUGAAUUAAUGAAGAAGUACGAAGCUGUGAACCAGCUGGCUUCCAAAUCUCUGAGUACCCUCCACAACAAUCUCAAACAACACUUCAAUGAUUUGGUCCAGAAGUUUCAUGACUGGCUCUCGGACAUUAAGGAUACAGUGAGAGAGUGCUCUGACAGGUCUGGCGACUUGAGUAUCAUGGAAGAAAAACUGCAGAAACUGAAGGAAGCCCUGAGCUGCGUGGAUGAAGGAGAGAAAAGGCUGACUCUUGUCUGCGAGGAUGGAGAGAAGCUGUUACUGCAUUUACCCAAACCCAACGCGGGUCACAUCCAGCAGCAACUGUCCUCUAGCCAGCAGGAGUGGGACAGCUUUGUGGAGCAGUGCAGACAGAACCAGCAGGCCCAAGAGGAGAGUGUUGCAGAGCUCACAGGUUUUGACAAUCAGCUGAAAAAAUUGAGCUCCUGGGUUCGACAAAUGGAAGAGAGGCUGAACACAGAGCUACUGGGAGAGUGUAAGCAGCACAUUCCUGAGAAGAAGGUCGAGGUAGAGAGGGUGGAGGAGUUUCAUGAAGAGCUGCUCAGAGAAAGGGACUCGUUUGAGCGGCUGUGCCAGAAGUCUCAAGGUCUUGGUGAGUCGGGACGCGGGGAUGGGAGGGAGGUGCGCAUCACUUCCCAGCUCCAGUCGAGCUACCAGAUCCUGGUGAAGACGGUAAAAGAGAGGCUGCGUGGCUGUCAGGUGGCCUUACAGGAACACCAGGCCUUUGAGGAGACCCUGCAGAGCACCGGGGCCUGGCUCGAAGAGGUGCAAGACAGGCUGGCUGUCAUCGACAGCACCACCGGCAGCAAAGAAUCCCUGGAGAAGAGGCUUGUGCAUGUGCAGGAAAUCCUGUUGCUGAAAGGUGAAGGCGAAGUGAAAAUAAACAUGGCCAUUGGUAAAGGGGAACAAACCCUGAAAAGCAGCAAUGAAGAGGGGCAGAAAGAGAUCCUCUCCCAGCUGCAGACUCUGAAGGAUGUGUGGGUCAAUGUAAUCAUGGCCUCUAUGAGCUGCCACAGCCGGCUGGAGUGGACAGUAGCUCAGUGGAACAGCUACCUGGAGUGUGAGAGCCAGCUGCAGCAGUGGCUGGAGUCUGUGGAGCAGGAGGUGGCUCCCCACCUGGAGCUGCAGCCUGGGCUCAAGGAAAAAGCCUCCCUACUGGAUCGGAAUCGAGCUAUACUGGCUGACGUGGAGAACCACUCAGCGGCCUUCAGUCGCCUGUCAGACAAGGCCGGAGAGCUGCUGGAGAAAACGGGAGACACCUCUUUCAGGGAAGAUGCGCAGACUGAAAUGAGGGCGCAGUUCGGGGACAUCACAGCAGUAGUUAAGGGGAAAGUGAAAAACUUGGAGGAUAUAGUAGAUAAGCAUCGCCUUUAUCAUGAAGCAGUCCGCGAGUUCACAGACUGGCUGCAUUCAGCAAAGGAAGAGCUUCAGCGCUGGUCAGACAUGUCUGGGGAUUCCACAUCUGUACAAAGAAAACUGACCAGGGUUCAGGAACUGAUUGAUUCCAGACAGAAUGGUAGAGGACGUCUAAACAGAGUGCAGGAGUUUGCUGCAGUGGUGAAGGAGCACACGGCAGGAAUCGGCUGCGAGCUGAUAGACAGGGAGGUGGAGGCCCUGCAGUCUGACUGGGUGCAGUGGGAGAAGAGCACCAUGCAGACCCAAGGCAGCCUGGAGAGCACACUCAGUCAGGUGGCCAGCUCAGAGCAGGAGUUCACAGCUCUGGCCAGCAAGCUGGAGCGAGACCUGCAAGAGUUCAGCAGCCACCUCAAAGAGUGGGGACAGAAGCUGAGCCAAGUGGAGGAGUGCAAAAACACCAACGAAGAAGUGGUAGAGGGAUGGAAAAUAGUGAAGGGCACAUUGGAUGCUCUGAUGAAGGCAGAGCAUAUGUCAGACCGCCUGAAGACUCAAUUAAAUGAUCUUUGCCGCUUCUCAAGAGAUCUCAGUUCUUAUUCAGAGAAAGUGUCUGCGUUAAUUAAGGAGUACAACAGUCUCGGUCUUCAAGCAUCUAAAGAGCGUCAGAACAAAGAGAAGCUCCUGGAGCAGAGAUUCCGCUCCUCUCUCAGAGAGUUUCAGCAGUGGCUUGUCAGCGCCAAAAUCACCACCGCCAAGUGCUUUGACGUCCCUCAGAACAUUAAUGAGGCAUCUACCAGCUUACUGAAAAUACAGGAAUUCCUAUCUGACAGAGAGCAAGGACAAAGCAAAGUGAAUGCUGUUUUCUUCAGUGGAGACCUGCUGAGCGGUAUUUUACCCAAAGAGAAAGUUGAGACAAUUCAAGCUAAAGUAACCAGUGCCAGGGAAGACUGGAAGAACCUUUUAUCAAGUCUGCAUCAAAGGGAGACAGCUUUACAGAAUCUGCUGUCCCAGAUGAAGGACUUUGAAACAAGUGCAGAGCCUCUUCAGGAGUGGCUGAACGGCACAGAGACAGCAGUGCAGGAGAGCAGCGCCCGGCUCCACAACCUCCAAGCCAAGAAACAGGAACAGCACAAGCUGCAGUCUGUCCUUGAGGAAAUAGCCUGUCAGGAAUUUCAGCUGAACAGGCUGAAAGAAAAGGCUCACCAGCUCUGGGAAGGACAAGCAGCCGGCAAAAGCUUUAUGCACCGAGUGUCUCAGUUGUCUGCACAGUAUCUAGCUUUAAGCAACCUGACAAAGGAAAAGGCUUCUAGAAUCGAGCGGAUUGUGUCCGAGCACCAGCUCUUCUCCCAGGGCCUGAAGGAGCUGCAGGACUGGGUGGCUGAUGCCAAUCACAUGCUGGUGUCAUAUUGUAGCCCCACUGCUGAUAAAAAUGUUCUGGACAGCAGGAUGUCAAAACUGGAGGCCCUGCUUGCUGCAAGACAGGAGAAGGAGAUCCAGUUGAAGAUGUUAUUAACACGUGGAGAAUCAGUCCAAAGAAACACCUCACAGGAAGGAGUCCCAGUUCUCCGGAAGCAGAUUCAGGAUAUCAAAGACUCCUGGGACUCCCUUCUGUCUGCCUCUAUUCUAUGCAAGAGCCAGCUUGAAGGGGCACUGUCCCAGUGGACGAGUUACCAGGAGGAUGUCCAACAGUUUGUCAGCUGGAUGGACCGUGUGGACGGGAGCCUGAGCAGCUUCGAGAAGCAGUACUCAGAGAUGAGAGACAAAACUGCUAAUCUGGGCAAAGCCAAGUUACUACAUGAAGAAGUGUUGAGUCAUAACAGUCUGCUGGAAACCAUUGACAUGAAAGGCUCCAGUAUGGCUCAACACUACGAAACCCAGCUGGAGAUUCAGGAUCUUCAGGAGCGAUACAGCACUGUCAAAGACAAGGCUAAGGGGUCAGUGGUUAAAGCUGAGGAGCUGGUCCUAGCCCACCAGGAAUACCAGAGAGGUCUUCACAUGUUUGAGGACUGGCUGGAGCAGGAGCAGGAGAGACUGGGAUGUUACUCCCAGAUAGAGGGAGAUGUGGAAACAUUAGAAAAUACACUGCAGGAGCUUCAGAACCUUCAGGUGCGAUGCACUGAGGGGCAGGCCCUGUUGAACACGGUGCUCGGCAGUCGGGAGCAGGUGAUCCCCUGGGGAGUCCCUCAGAUAGAGAACCGCGCCUUGGAGACGGUCCAGCAGGACUGGCAGGUGUACCAGGCAAGGCUGGCAGAGAGUAGGGCCCAGCUCAAUGGCAUACUCACCAAGCUCCGGCAGAUGGAGCAGAAGUUCCAGCACCUGGAUGCGUGGCUCAGGAACAUGGAGAGCAAGGGGAACAUCCGCACAGACAGGCGCUCCGAUAGAGCCACCAAGGAGGCUCAGCUGCAGAUGCUGAAGAGCUGGCAUGAAGAGACGUUGGUGUAUAAAGAUGAAGUGGAAGGUGUCACUGCCUUGGCCGAGCAGGUCCUGGAAGAGACCCACAUCGGCAGCAGGGUUAGCAGCCGUGCCACACAACUCACCACGAGAUACCAGGCUCUCCUGCUUCAUCUACUGGAGACAAUGAAACAGCUUGAAGAAGAAAUCAGAAGUAUCGAGGAAGCAAGGACAGUCUUUAACUCCUACACUGACUGGCUCAGUGCAGCUCAGAAGAACUUCAGAAACAUAGCAGUCAGCAUCAACGUGGUCAACAGAGUUGCCAUGGAGAACAAGAUGAAGAAACUGGAGUUGUUACAGAGCGAUAUUGAGGUGGGUCACGGAUUCCUGAAAGCCACCAGGGAGAAGACAGAGAAAGCCAUGGCCUACCUGGAAGAAGCAGAAUCUGAGCAACUGAGGCAAGAAGUGGACACCCAGCUUUCCCAGCUCGAUGAGCUGAUAGGAGCCGCUCGGGUAGAGUACACCAUGCUGGAGAAGAGCAUGCACCUGUCCAAAGAGUUCCUGGACAAGUACAAGGGCCAGGCACAGUGGCUGAUGGAAACCCAGACUCUACUGCACACUCCUGUGGAGCCCAAAACGGAGCUCUAUGAGAAGAAAGCUCAGUUAGCAAAAUACAAGACUAUCCAGCAGACAGUCCUGUCCCAUGAGUCUUCAGUCAAGUCAGUGAUUGAAAAGGGGCAGGCCCUGCUUGACACCAUCCGGGAUCCCUCUGUCAGCAACAACAUGAAUAAACUUCAGGCUGAAUAUCACGAGCUGUGCAAUAUUGCUAGGACACAUGUGCAGAACCUUGUGACGAAAGUGAAGGAACACGAGGCUUACAAUAGCGACCUGCAGGAGGUGGAAAGGUGGCUGCUGCAGAUGUCGAGUCGUCUGGUCACCUCGGACUCCAUGCAGAACAGCAAUCUGGAGAUGGCCACACAGCAGCUGGCCAGGCACAAGGCAAUAAUGGAAGAGAUUGCUGGUUUUGAGGAGCGCUUGACAAGUCUGAAGGAUAAAGGAGACGACCUUAUCGGUGGCUAUACAGAACAUCUUCAAGGGAAAAUCAGACAGCAGAUACAAGCCCAUCAACAGGGGACUAGAGACAGCUAUUCUGCCAUCUGUAGCACAGCCCAGCGGGUAUACCAGGGACUAGAUCGGGAGCUUCAGAAGCAUGUUAGCCAUCAGGAUACGUUACAGCAGUGCCAAACCUGGCUUUCCACUGUCCAGCAGGAGCUACAGUUGCACACUCAGCCACCCUUCAGCCUGCAAGAGGCACUGAAACAGGUAAAACACUACAGAGCACUACAGGAACAAGCCAGUACAUACCUAGAUCUUGUCUGCUCAGUGUGUGACCUUUCAGAUGAAUCUGUGAGAAGGACUGCAGCAGAAAUCCAGCAGAUAAAGCAGAUGAUAGAAGAAAUUUUGUCCCGAACUCAAGAGAUGGCCCAAGGAUGGGAAGAAAUCAAACAGGAGAAAGCAGAGCUUACAGCCCACUUCCAGGAGAUGGAGCAUCAGCUGCAGAACCUCAACAGGAGACCAGCAGAGCUAGAGCCCAAGAUAGCACACAAUAUGUUCUUACAAGUGCAGGAGUUCAGUCAGCAGCUCCAGGCGAAGCAGGUGAUCAUCACAAGGAUGACAGAGAGAGUGAACAGUCUGACUGAGGGACAGAAGUCCCCGGAGCAUGCAGAGAUCGGCCGUCUGAGUAACCAGUGGCUGGAGCUUUGCCACCAGUUGAACAAGCUGGUAUCGCAGAGGGAGGGAGACUUCCAGAGAACCAGAGACUACCACGACUGCGUUAGUGCUGUAGAGGUGCUCUUUGACAAGGUUUCUAAAGAAUGGGACAACCUGGCCAGAACCGACACAGAGAGCACAGCAGAAUAUCUAGAGGCCCUGAAGAAACUAGCAGCUGCCCUGGGGGAGCAGAGGUGCACACUUGAUGAUCUGAAAGAUCAUGGACAGAAAGUGAUAGACCGUCUGACCUUAGAUGAUAAAGAGCUAGUGAAGGAGCAAACUGGUCAUUUUGAGCAGCGCUGGGCCCACUUGGAGAACCUGAUCGUGAAGAAGAUCCAAGACUCUAUGACUACCCUGGAGGAUAUGAGCCAAGUGGAGACCAGACUGAAGGAGGCUCGAGAAUGGGCAGAGGAACAACAACCUGCCUUAUCUGAAGCCAUGAAGAUGAGUCCCCCUCCAGAACUAGCUCAGAGUUUCCUAUUUGAUCAUCUCAGUAUUUGUAGUGAACUGGAGUCCAAGCAACUGCUCCUGGGGGCAGCAAUUGCAGAUGCAGACAGAGUUAUGGCAAACCUUGGCUUGAAUGAACGACAACGACUGCAAAACUUAAUCUCUGAUGUGCAAAGUGAAGUUGUGUCUCUUAGUGACAUAGUUGGCCAACGGAAGAAGUAUCUCAGCAAAGCUUUCUCUGAAAAAACACAGUUCCUGCUGGCCACACAUCAAGCUAUCAUCUGCAUUCAGCAGAAUGAGAUGAAGGCCAUGUCAGAAGAGCACAUUGCCCUUUUGCCAGAUGACUUAAGCAAACAAAUUAGGAUUUGCAAGAAAGUUCACAGCAAUCUGAAAGCAUAUCAAAGUGAGCUUACCUCACUGUGGUCUCAAGGAAGGGAGCUGAUGAAAGACACAACAGAAGAUGAGAAGAUGGACGUUUUGAGUAAACUACAGGAGCUACAAAACGUUUAUGAGGUGGCUUUACAGAGAUGCACCCAGAGGCUGCAGGAGCUGGAAAAAGUGCUAGUUUCCAGGAAGUACUUUAAGAUGGAUUUGGAUAAAACUUGCCAGUGGUUGAAACAGGUGGAUAUUGUCACAUUCCCUGAAAUUAACCUCAUGAAUGGAGACUCAGAGCUGUAUUCCCAGCUUGCCAAGUACCAACAGAUAUUAGAGCAGGCCAUGGAAUAUGAGAAUCUUCUGCUUAUUGUGCAGAGAACUGGUCAAGAGAUACUUCCCUCUCUCAAUAAAGUGGAUCACUCUUACUUGGAUGACAAACUGAACGCUCUGCCUCAACAAUACAACAGUAUUUUAGCUUUAGCUAAAGAAAAGAGGGAGAAAAUUCAACAGGCAAUUCUCAGCCGGAAGGAGUAUGCCUCCUUCAUAGAAGUAACAAAAAAGGCUUUGACUGAACUGGAAGAACAGUUGCACAGCAUGACCGACAGUCCUGUUAGCCUUGAGUCCAAAGAUAUUGUGAAACUACAGAGUGAUUAUAAAUCUCUUUUUGCUGAAGUGACCAACCUAGGGCCAGCUGUCAAUGAACUAAAUCAGAAGAAGGAGAGCUUCCGGAGUACAGGUCAGCCCUGGCUACCAGAAGAAAUGGUUCAGCUUGUGAGCCUUUAUAAUGGACUGAAGAGGCAUAUUGAACAAAGAGUGAGUGGUUUGGGCGACACCUUAGAAUCUUUCCAAGACCACGAAACCAUGACUUUGCAAUUGGAAACUCAGCUGAAGGCCAUUAAGGAAGAGCUGGUCAAAGUAAAUGAAGAGACUCUACCUGCCGAAGAAAAGCUCAAAAACUACCUUGCUCUGGCAGGCAGUGUUCAAGACGCCAGUUCUUUACUGAAGUGUAUUUUGGAACAACUUCAGCUUCUGUCCCCUCAGCUUGACCAAGCAGCUUACCAGUCCACCAGGCAGAAGAUAACCUCAAGGCAGGAAGAGCUGAAGUCCCUGCAGACCACUGUAGGGGAGAGGGUGGUGGAAUGUGAGAGCCGGUUUGUGCAGAGCAAAGACUUCCAGACUGAGAUCUGCAGAACUCUAGAGUGCUUGCAACAGAUCAGGGAUGAGCUAAGUGUUCCCCUAAGUUUGGAUGUCAAAGUCCAGAGGAUACAAGAAGAGAUCAGGGAACUCCAGAUCCUACAGGAGGAGGUGCAGUCAAGGCUUCGGAUAAUGGCUGCCUUGAGCUGCAAGGAAACGCAGAAAUAUACCAAAGCUAAGGAGCUUGUUCCCAGCGAUGUGGAAACCACACUUGAGCAGCUUUCAAAGCUGGAAGCAGAUGUUCAAAAAGCUUUGAACAACAAGCAGACUACAUUGGAGCAGAUUCUUGUGUUGUGCCAGAGGUACCAUUCAACAGUACAGUCUGCCAGUGAUUGGCUGGAGGAUGCUGGUGCUCUGCUGCAGCAGGCUAGCAAUGGGCUUGACGUGGAGAACUCUGAGGAGUCCCACAAGCAUCACAGCGAGUUCUUCAGCACCGAGGCUCAGUUUCUCAGUCAUUUUCAGGGGCUAGAGGCUUUGCUACCUCAACUGGAACCCUUCAUGAGUGCGACUGUGAACGAGCAGCUAGGACAGACUGUCACAUCCUUGCAGCACAGAGGAGUAGGGGUCAGUCAGCAAGCACACAGCCAGCUUGAAAUUCUGUACAGAUGUGUUUCACAGUGGAAUGCCUACCAGACGGCCAGACAGCAGAUCAUUGAUCUAAUGAAUGAGGUGGAGAGAAAGUUAACUGAAUUUUCAACAGCCAGGUCAGCUACAAGUCAAGAAGCUGAAGAAAAACUCAAAAACCAUAAGUCUCUGGUUUCCAUGGUGAAUGCCUUCCAUGAAACAAUUACUGGGCUGGAGGAGCAGGCAUCCCAGCUUGAACAGAUAGGCAAUGAUGCCAGCAAAGCCACCAUCAGCAGGUCGAUGACCACCGUAUGGCAGCGCUGGACCCAUCUGCGCAGCGUGGCACGAGGUCAGGAGAAAGUUCUGGAAGAUACAUAUCAGGAAUGGAAAAGUUUCAGGAAUAAGAUGGAGAAGGCGACAGUGACUCUGGACCAGUUACAGGAUAGGCUCCCAAACUGCUCGGUUGAGAAGGCCUCCAAGGCAGGGCUACUGGAGCUGUUGGAAAACCAUGACUCCUUCAGCAACGAGGUGGAGCGAGAGUACUCGGCACAGGCUUUGCUCAGGCAGUAUGCCCUCAACAUUCUCCGAGACAUUGAGAUCCCCUCGCCUUCCCAGGAGGAGCUGCCCUGCAUGCAGGAAAUCAAAGCCAUGCAGGAUCGAUAUGAAAACAUUCUGCAGAAGGUGAGGCAGAGCAAGAAGCUGGUCCAGCAGGAACUGAAGGAACGUGAAGAUGUAGAAAAUGAGCUAAAUACAGUGAAGACAUGGAUCCAGGACACACGGGAGUAUCUUCUGAAUCCCACAGUAGAUCUGGAUGCUCAGCUACAAGAACUAGAGAUCAAGCUCAGGGAAGCGAUCAUUCACCAUCAGACUAUUGAAAAGGUUGCAGAUCAGCAGCAGAACAAGUACAUGGAUCUGUACACCAUCCUGCCUUCAGACAUGUCUGUGCAACUGGCUGAGGUGACCCUGUCCUUGGGGUCCAUUGAGGAUCAGGUCCAAACAAGGGAAAGGGAAAUCCAACAAACCAGAGCUGUAAAUGAGGACUUCAGUUCAAGAAUCCAAGACAUUUCAGAGAUAAUGAAGAUAAUUUCAUUGAAACUCCAGGAGAAAACAACAGAUAUUAUGCAGGCUAAAGAGGAAACAACCGGUCUGUGUGAGGAACUUGAGAGCUGUGGUAUUAAACUAGUUGAACUGGAUGCUUCAGUGCAAGAUUUUGCCAAGCAAACCCCAGAGAUGUCCAAACUUCUGAGUGAUGCCAUAGGGAAGCUAUCUGAGAUUCACCAUCAUACCCACAGGCUGGCUGAAUACAGAACAGCACAACUCAAAAAGGCUGCUACACAUUUAGAAGACUUCAACGAAAUGCUUGAAUUUAUCAUGAAGUGGUCAGAAAAGGCGGAGGCCCUUGUGAAAAUCCACAUCAUCUGGAAUUCAGCUUCCCAGCUUCACAAUCAGCUGAGGACUUACCAGGCUGUGCUGCAAGAGUCUGGAGAGAUCCACAGCGACUUGGAGGCCAUGAGUGAGAAGAUUGAGUACCUCUCUGAGGUGUAUCAUACACAGGGGAUGUCUCAGCAGGUGUCCAAGCUCAGCAGGCAGACUGAGGUGCUGCAGCAGCGGCUCCGGACUCACUUUCAGAGCCUGCAGGAUGCUGCCAAGGACAUGGAGAGAUUUGAAUCUGAAGUAAAGGCACUGCAUGCUGCUCUGGAGCAAGCCCAGGCUACCCUGACCUCACCUGAACUGGCACGUUUGAGCCUCAGGGAGCAACUGUCUCACAGACAGCGUUUGCUUACUGAAAUGGAGACAUUUAAGCAGAAGGUUGAGGCAGUGCAGGCAUGCCAGAGUGCCUUGCGAAUCCCUGAAGAGGUGGUCACUAACCUUGCAAUCUGUCAGACUGCCUUGAGACUGCAGGGGGAAGCCAGUCGACUGCAGCACACCGCUAUCCAGCAGUGCAACAUACUGCAGGAGGCGUUGGUGCAGUAUGAGCACUAUGAACAGGAGGUGAAGCAUUUGCAGCGGCUGAUUGAAGAAGCUUACUUGGUCAUCCAGGACAGACCUGUUUCAACCAGUAACAUCAAGGAGCUGCAGGCUCAGAUCUCACACCAUGAGGAACUGGCCCAGAAGAUCAAAGGUUACCAGGAGCAGAUUGCCUCCCUGAAUUCCAACUGCAAGAUGCUGACAAUGAAAGCCAAACAUGCCACUAUGCUGCUGACUGUGACUGAGGAGGAAGGGCUCUCAGAAGGGCUGGACGAGUUUGAUGCUGAGCUCCUUCCCACUCAUUCCCCUGCUAAUCCCUCUGUGGUGAUGAUGACAACUGGUCGCUGUCACACUCUACUCUCACCUGUCACUGAGGAGUCUGGGGAGGAGGGGACCAACAGUGAGAUUUCCUCCCCACCUACCUGUCGUUCCCCCUCACCUGUGGCUAAUACUGAUGUUUCUGUUAACCAGUUGCAGACAGCAGCUGCUGAGAUUCAGCCCAGCAGAUCAUCGGCUCGGGAGCUCUGCGAACCUGGACUGGAGUCCGCUGCUGUUGCCAAACUGGAUGACCUCCAGAGCUCCUGGGAGACGCUGAAGAAUGUGAUCAGUGAAACACAGAAAACGUUGUAUGAAGCCCUUGAACACCAGCAGCAGUUCCAGGACUCACUUCAGUCAGUAUCCACAAAGAUGGAGUCUAUCGAAAUAAAACUGAAUGAAGCUUUGGAAGCCGACAAGACUCCUGAGAGCCAGAUGGCAGCACACCAGGCCCUGAUGGACGAGAUCCUGAUGCUGCAGGAUGAGAUCAAUGAGCUGCAGACUUCCUUUGCAGAGGAGCUGGUGUCUGAUACCCUGGACACUGACACAGCCAACCAGCUGGCCAUGCAGUCCACACUGACAGUCCUGGCAGAGAGGAUGGCCACCAUCAGAAUGAAGGCCUCUGGGCAACAACAGCUUCUUGAGGAGAAGCUGAAUGACCAGCUGGAGGAGCAGCGUCAGGAGCAGGCCCUGCGGAGGUGCCACAGCGAGGCAGACGAUCUCGACCACUGGCUCCUCAGCACCAAGGCCACUCUAAAGACAGCACUGCAGCCAGCUGAGGAGCACAUGCACAUGGAGGAGCAGCUCAACGACUGCCAGAACAUGCUGCUGGAGAUUGAGCUGAAGGUGGUGUCCCUGUCAGAGCUCUCGGUGCACAGUGAGACCCUGCUGAUGGAGGGGAAGGUGCACACCCGGGAGGAGGCCGAGCAGCUCACACACAAGCUCCGCACACUGAAGGACAGCCUGCUGGAACUGCAGAGAAUGUUGCAGGAUAAGCAGAUCAACAUCCAACAGGGCACUCUGCAAGAGAAGGAGGACAGCGAGCCGGGCUCUGCCCUCUCUCCGAGCCCCAGCAUCCAGGAGUGGCUGGCCCAGGCCAGGACAACAAGGUCCAAGCGGCAUCAGGACAGCUUGCAGAGACAGAGGGAGCUGGAGGAGCAGCUGGCGGAGCAGAAGAAGCUUCUGCAGUCAGUAGCAAGCCGUGGAGAAGAGCUUCUGACCCAACAGACUGCUAUGAAUGGUGUCAGUGAAAAACCUGAAUCAGUCCCAAAGGAAGGAGAAAAGCUAGCCGCACAGGAGCAGAUGAGACAAAAAUGGGAAAGUCUAAACAAAGAGUUCAUCACCAAACAGCAGCUUCUACAGAACACACUACAACAAGACCACAGUCAACCGGUCUAUAACAGACCUAGCAGAGUCUCUUCUACUGUACCACUGUUCAAAGGAGAGCCUCCACUGCAGGAUAAAUCAUCUGUUAGGACUUUAUUCAGUGGCUUCAACCAGGCCUUUGAAGACGUGUCCUCUCAGGCUGGAGGUGUGGAGAAGAAAGGCCUUGACUUAGAGCUGAGGCUGUAUAAUGCUGUCUGUGCCUCGUCCAGCUGGCUGGAUGGGAUUGAAAACAGCCUGUUUGCUGGCCCUGUGCUCCUUGCCGAAGAUGCUGAAACCCAACUCUGUAACCAAGAAGUUCUUAGUAAGGACAUUAGAGAGGUGACAGAAGAUGUGGACAAGAACAGAGACCUGUUCCUCCAAGCAGCUCCGCAGUGCGGUGAGAACCAGGAUGUGAUUGAGGAGACCCUGUGCUGUCUGCAGGAGCGGCUCAGUGACCUUGACUCGGUAGUGAGCCAGCGCUGUGAGCACAUGAAGACCAGGCUCCAGGAACUCGCACAGUUUCAGGCUGAACUGAAGAUGCUGUUUACUUCCCUGGCUGACAGUAAAUACCUAAUUCUCCACAAACUGGCCGAGGCAAUGGAACUACCUGCUGCAAAGCAAAUGGAGGCAAUUCUAGAGUCAGAAGAGAGCCUGAAAGAAUUUGAACAAAGAAUCAACGAGUUGAAAACCCACGGACAAAAGCUGCAACCAGACCAGCCUGCCGUUCAAGAACUCCUGGAACUUCAGGACACCUACGAGGAGCUGGUGUUGACAGUCGGCUCACGCCGCAGUGGGCUGAACCAGAGUUUGGCUCUGAAAGGCCAGUGUGAGCGAGCCCUGCAGGACCUGGCCGACCUGGUAGACACCGCACAGGACAAGAUGGCUGCCGACCAAAAAAUAAUAGCAAUGUCCAAAGAGGAAGUGCAGAACCGUCUGGACAAGCACAAGGAAUUUUUCCAGGGGUUGGAAUCCCACAUGAUUCUGACCAAAACAUUCUUCCAAAAAAUCUGCAGUUUUGCAUUACCAAGACAGUGUCAGUCCCACGAUGAGAUAAUGGCACAGGUAGCAGCGGUGCUGAAGCAGGCCCACAAAAGAGGUGUGGAGCUGGAGUACAUUCUAGAGACAUGGACCCGUCUGGAAGAAGACUAUCAAUGCCUAUACAGACAACUGGAGGCAGUGGAGAGCUGCAUCCCCAGUGUGGGGCUGGUGGAAGAGACCGAGGAAAGGCUCACAGAAAGAAUUGCACUUUAUCAGCGACUGAAGACAAGCUUGACAGAACACCAGCACCAGCUGUACCAGGUGCUGGAUGAUGGGAAGAGGCUUCUCAUGUCUGUCUGCUGUUCAGAUCUGGAAAACCAGCUGACUCAGCUGGGAGAGCACUGGCUCAACAACACCACCAGAGUCAACAAGGAGCUCCAAAGGCUGGACACCAUACUGGAACACUGGACAAGGUACCAAACUGAAUCUGCUGAGCUGGAUCAGUGGCUCCAAUCUGCUUUGGAUCGCCUGGAGUUCUGGACCACACAGUCAGCGACUGUUCCACAAGAGCUGGAGACUGUCAGGGACCAUCUGAAUGCAUUCCUGGUAUUUUCCAAAGAAGCGGACGCCAAGUCCUCUCUGAAGUCGUCUGUGCUGAGCACAGGGAACCAGCUGCUGCGUCUGAAGAAGGUGGACACGGCAGGGCUGCACUCAGGACUGGCUCAGACCGACAGUCAGUGGACUGAGCUGCUCACACGCAUCCCGGUGGUGCUGGACAAACUACACCAGCUCCAAAUGGAGAAGCUGCCUUCUCGCCAAGCUAUCACAGAACUGAUGAGUUGGAUCACCCUGAUGGAAAAUACCAUUGAAGACGAUGAAGAGAGUAUCAAAGGUGUAAUUGGAUCACAGGCCAUACAAGAAUACCUGCAAAAAUAUAAGGGAUUUAAGAUUGAUAUGAACUGUAAACAGCUCACUGUGGAUUUUGUGAAUCAAUCAGUCCUUCAGAUCAGCAGCCAGGAUGUGGAAAGCAAGCGCAGUGAUAAAACAGAUUUUGCAGAAAGGCUUGGCGCAAUGAACAAUCAAUGGCAGAUCUUACAGAGUUUGAUAACUGAAAAGAUCCAGCUGCUGGAUGGCUUACUGAACUCUUGGCUGGAUUAUGAGAGCAGUGUGCAGAGCUUAAAUACCUGGCUUAAUGUCCAAGAAGAGAGGAUGAAAAAGCAAUAUAGGAUUGAAGACCUGGCUUCUGUUCAGAAUGCCUUGAAGGAUUGCCAGGAACUGGAGGACAUGAUUAAUGUGAAGGAAAAGGAUGUUGAGAAAGUGGAGGAGCGUGGAUGCUGUCUGAUACAGAAUAAGAAAGAUGAAGCAUGUGCUGUGGUCAUGGAGACACUACAAGGACUCAACCACAGCUGGGCUAACCUGGAUCACCUGAUUGGGCAGCUGAAGAUAAGUCUGAAGUCAGUGCUGGACCAGUGGAACGUGUACAAGAAGGCCUCAGAGGAGAUCAAUGGGUACCUGAUGGAAGGGAGGUACUCCCUGUCUCGCUUUCGUCUGCUGACUGGCUCUCUAGAGGCAGUCCAAGUGCAGGUGGACAACCUUCAGAAUCUUCAGGAUGAGCUGGAAAAACAGGAAAGCAGCCUAAGGAAGUUUGGCGCAGUGACCCACCAGCUGCUGCUAGAGUGUCACCCGUCUGUUUCAGACACUCUCAACAAUACACUGAAAGAUGUGAACUUGAGAUGGAACUGUCUGCUUGAGGAGAUUGUGGAGCAGCUUCACUCCAGCAAGGCCCUGCUUCAGCUCUGGCAGAGAUACAAGGAGUAUUAUAGCCAGUGCUCCUCUGCAGUGCUGCGGCAAGAGGAACGCACCAACGAGCUGUUGAAAACAGCCACCAGUAAGGACAUCGCAGACGACGAGGUCUCUGCCUGGAUUCAGGAAUGCAGUGACUUGCUUAGGGCCCAGAAGGAAGUGCAGGACUCCCUGUAUGUGCUUCAUGAGCUUGGGGAGCAGCUCCACCAGCAGGUCGACUCUUCAGCCGUGGCAACCAUUCAGUCAGACCGCAUGUCCAUGAGCCAGCGCCUGAAAGUGCUGGAACAGGCCCUCACCAGACAGCAGGGGAUACUACAGGCUGGGGUUCAGGACUAUGAGACCUUCAGCAGGCAGCUGGAAUACCUGGAGGGGUGGAUUGUGGAGGCAGAGGAUGUUCUGAAAGGGCAGGACCCCAACCGCUCCACCGAUCUCUCCAUCAUUCAGAACAGGAUGGAGGAGCUGAAGAGGCAGAUGCUGAACUUUAGCAGCAUGUCCCCUGACAUGGAGCGUUUGAACGAGCUAGGAUACAGGUUACCUCUGAACGACAAGCAGAUUAAAGGCAUGCAGACCCUCAACAGGAGCUGGUCUGUGACCUCAUCCCAGACCACAGAGCGAUUCAGCAAGCUCCAAGCAUUCCUGUUGCAGCACCAGACAUUCCUGGAGAAGUGUGAGACGUGGAUGGAGUUCCUGGUGCAGACAGAAGAGAAACUAGCAGUAGAGAUUUCUGGCAACUACCAGAGCCUGCUGGAGCAGCAGAGAGCACAUGAGUUGUUCCAGGCUGAGAUGUUUAGUCGGCAACAAAUCCUGCACUCUAUCAUCAGUGAUGGACAGCACCUCCUAGAACAGGGGCAAGUGGAUGACAGCGAUGAGUUUAAACUGAAGCUGGCUCUGCUGAGUAACCAGUGGCAAGGUGUGAUUCGCCGGGCACAGCAGAGAAGGGGGAUCAUCGACAGUCUAAUCCGCCAGUGGCAGCGCUACAGGGAGAUGGCAGAGAAGCUGCGCAAGUGGCUGGUUGAGGUGUCACACCAGGAAGUGGGCGGGCCGGACGAAGUUCCAGUGCAGCAGGCCAGAGCCAUGCUGGAUGAGGUUCAGCUGAAAGAGAAGGUCCUCCAGCGGCAGCAGGGCAGCUAUAUCCUGACGGUGGAGGCUGGGAAGCUGCUGCUACUGUCAGCGGACAGUGAGGCGGAGGCAACGCUGCAGACCGAGCUCACUGAGAUCCAGGAGCGCUGGAAAGCAGCCCACGUCCACCUGGACGAGCACAAGAGAGAGCUGGCAGCCUUACUCAGGGACUGGGAGAGAUGUGAGAAGGGGAUCGGAGACUCACUGGAGAAGCUGAGAGCCUUCAAGAGGAAGCUUUCCCAGGCCCUGCCAGACCAUCACGAUGAGCUGCACACUGAACAGAUCCGCUGCAAGGAGUUAGAGAACACCGUUGAUGGCUGGACAGAGGACCUCGCUCACCUCUCCCUGCUGAAGGAGUCCCUGUCAAGCUACAUCAGUGGUGAUGACCUGUCAGUGCUACAGGAGCGCAUCGAGCUGCUUCACAGACAGUGGGAAGAGCUCUGCCAUCAGCUCUCCUUACGCCGGCAGCAAGUGAGUGAGAAGCUGAACGAGUGGGGGGUGUUCAAUGAGAAGAACAAGGAACUGUGCGAGUGGCUGACUCAGAUGGAGGGCAAGGUUUCUCAAAAUGGAGACAUCAGCAUUGAGGAGAUGAUUGAAAAACUCAGGAAGGACUAUCAAGAGGAGAUCUCUGUGGCCCAGGAAAACAAAGUCCAGCUGCAGCAGAUGGGUGACAGGCUUGCUAAGGCCAGUCAUGAGAGCAAAGCGGCUGAGAUUGAGCACAACCUCAGCAAGGUCAACGACCGCUGGCAGCAUCUUCUGGACCUCAUUGGAGCCAGGGUGAAGAAGCUGAGGGACACCCUGGUUACUGUACAGCAGCUGGAUAAGAAUAUGAGCAAUCUGAGAUCGUGGCUGGCUCAUAUUGAAACAGAGCUGUCCAAACCCAUUGUCUAUGAGACCAGCGAUUCCAGCGAGAUACAGAAGAAACUCAAUGAACAGCAGGAUCUCCAGAGAGAUGUAGAGAAGCACAGCACCGGUGUGGCCUCCGUGCUGAACCUGUGUGAGGUUCUCCUGCAUGACUGUGACGCCUGUGCCACCGACACUGAGUGUGACUCCAUCCAGCAAGCUACCCGCAGCCUAGACAGGAGGUGGAGGAACAUCUGUGCCAUGUCCAUGGAGAGAAGACUCAAGAUUGAAGAGACAUGGAGGCUUUGGCAGAAGUUCUUAGAUGACUUUUCUUGCUUUGAAGACUGGCUGAAGACGUCAGAGAGAACAGCAGCCAUCCCCAACUCCGCCGGAGUGCUGUACACUGUAGCCAAGGAGGAGCUGAAGAAGUUUGAGGCAUUCCAGCGGCAGGUCCACGAGAGCUUGACCCAGCUGGAGCUGAUCAACAAGCAGUAUCGCCGUCUGGCCCGGGAGAACCGCACCGACUCCUCCUGCAGGCUGAAGCAGAUGGUCCAUGAUGGCAAUCAGAGAUGGGACAACUUGCAGAGGAGAGUGGCCUCCAUCCUACGUAGACUAAAGCACUUUAUUUGCCAGAGGGAGGAGUUUGAGACGACCAGGGACAGCAUACUGGUCUGGCUUACAGAGAUGGAUCUUCAGCUCACAAACAUUGAACACUUCUCAGAGUGCGACGUUCAGGCAAAGAUAAAGCAACUCAGGGCAUUCCAGCAGGAGAUCUCUCUGUACAGUGGGAAGAUUGAGCAGGUUGUCCACCAGGGUGAGCUGCUGAUCGAGAAGACCGAGCCCCUGGAUGCGGCCAUCAUCGAGGAAGAGCUGGAGGAGCUGCAGCGGUACUGCCAGGAGGUGUUCGGCCGCGUCGAGCGCUACUACAAGAAACUCAUGCGCCUGCCGCUGACAGAUGAUGAGCAUGAUGUGUCGGACCGGGAGCUGGACUUCGAGGAUGCAGCAGAGCUGUCCAGUCUGAACUGGAAUGACAAGUCAGUGGACAGCGUGCUCUCCCCGCACCCCUCCUCCAGCCGCUCCACCUCCAUGGCCCCGCCAGUGCGGGUGGAGCGCUCGGGCCGGGACACCCCAGCAAGCAUGGACUCCAUCCCCCUGGAGUGGGACCAUGAUUACGACCUGAGCCGCGGCCUGGAGACAAUGAGUGCCGUGCAGCGGGCCCUCGCCUCCGACGAUGACGAGAUCGCCCAGGAAGACGACAAGGAGUUAUACCUGAGAGGAGCCGCAGCCGUCACAGAUGUAGUGAUCCCUGAGAGCCCAGAGGCCUAUGUUAAACUGACAGAAUAUACUUUGAGAUCAACCUCUGGUGAGCCGGGAUCCCUUGAAACUCAUAUCUGGCAGCUUGACAAAGCCCUGGACACCAGCCGCUUCCAUUUGCAACAGACCGAAAACAUCAUCCGCAGCAGGACACCUACAGGUCCAGAGCUGGAUUCCGCCUACAAUGGAUAUAUGAGGCUGUUGUCUGAGUGCCGUGGUAGCAUUGAUACAGUGAAGCGUGUCGGAUACGAACUGAAAGAGGAGGAAGACAAACUGUCUGGACUCAUCGACCUAAACAGCACUGAAACGCAGACCUCAGGUGUGAUUGAGCGCUGGGAGUUGAUCCAAGCCCAAGCCCUCAACAAGGAGCUGCGAAUGAAGCAGAACCUCCAGCAGUGGCAGCAGUUCAACUCUGACCUGGACAACAUCUGGGUCUGGCUGGGGGAGACGGAGGAAGAGCUGGAGCAGCUGCGACGCCUGGACCUCAGCACCGACAUCCACACCAUCGAGCUCCGGAUCAAGAAGCUCAAGGAGCUUCAAAAAGCUGUUGACAGCCGCAAAGCCAUCGUCCUGUCUAUCAACCUGUGCAGCGCAGAGUUUGUGCAGUCGGAGACGGCUCAGGCUCAGGAGCUGCGGGCGAGACUGGGUCAAAUGAACAAGCGCUGGGACCAUGUGGGCAGCCUGAUCGAAGACUGGCGUAGCUCGCUGAAGGACGCACUUAUGCAGUGCCAUGAUUUCCAUGAGAUGAGUCAUGGUCUGCUGCUGUGGCUGGAAAACAUUGACAGAAGAAAAAAUGAAAUUGUUCCUAUUGAUCCCAACCUUGACUCAGACACCCUCCAUGACCACCACAAAACUCUGAUACAAAUCAGGCGAGAGUUAUUGGAGUCCCAGCUGAAGGUCGCCUCUCUGCAGGACAUGUCCAGCCAGCUGCUGGUGAACACGCAGGGCACAGACUGCCUGGAGGCCAAGGAGAAGGUGCAUGUCAUUGGAAACCGUCUAAAGCUCCUUCUGAAGGAGGUCACGCGAGACCUCAGAGAGCUGGAAAGGACUCUGGGCAUCACAGGCAGCCAGCCGGACCUGUCAUCCUGGUCUUCGGCUGAUGAACUGGAUACCUGCGGGUCCCUGAGCCCCAACUCCGGCAGUAGCACCCCAAGUCGCCGCAGAUCGCCACGGGGCACAUGUAGUCUCUCACAGCCUGGACCCUUUGUCAGCAAUCCACACAGCAGGUCUCACAGAAGUGGAUCAGGUUCUUCCCUUUCUAAGGUGCAGCACCCUCAGCAUUCCCAGUCCUUCUUCAUUCGGGUGCUCAGAGCAGCCCUGCCGCUCCAGCUGCUGCUCCUCUUACUGAUUGGUUUAGCCUGCCUGGUGCCAGUGACAGAGGAGGACUACAGCUGCACCCUGUCCAAUAACUUUGCCAGGUCCUUCCACCCAAUGUUGAGAUACACAAACGGCCCCCCUCCAAUAUGAAAUGCUGAUUCAAGAUUAAGGACUUUUUUUAAAAUUUUUUUUUUUUUUUACAACCACUAAGUUGGUAGUCAAGUUCAGUGGGGUGUAUGUAAGAAUGAUGACGUACCAUUCAUCAUUAUUUGAUCUGUAUAGUACAAUGGACGUGGUGCAAUACACAACAUUUUUGGCACAGAACAGGACAGUGGUAAGUCAAAGAAAGUAAUCCUGUGGUUGGCGGGGGAAAAAAUGAAAUACUUUUUACCAAAAAAUUAUUGGCCUAUUUACAGAUGCUUAUUAAUAUAUCAACAGUCUGUCAGUGCAAAGUACCACACUGAAUUUACACUUUGUGUUUUUGGCUCAGUGUUUGUUUGUUUUUUCAGCCAGUGAGUAAAGACAAGAGUACAUUAUUGUUACAUCAGUAUUCGAACGAGAACAAAACAGUGUAUAAUUUAAUGAUGUGUAAUAUAACAUUUUAAAUAGCUUAUAUGCCAGUUAUUUUUUUUACAUAAAAUGUUUUUUGGCAUGUCAUUAUAAUCGUUGCUUUUAAAUAAACCUGUCAUUGAUAGUCAAAUGCACAAUGUUUAAAUGUGACAGCACUUUUUAUUGACGCUGAUAACUGGAUGUAAAAAAUAAAAUCACUGGUUGUGUAAUGAAAUGAUUAUUUGAUGUAUAGCAAAAUAAUGUAAACAAAGUUAUUUAUCUAUGUACAGUUUGCUAAGGCUAGCUCUUUUUAACUGUUUAUUUGCAUUAAAUAUAUAGUCUACAAUCUACAAAA